UUGGGAAAACAUCAUAGAUAUAUUUAGAAACAUGUAAACAACAGUACAUUUUUUUAGUUUCCGUUGAUCAAUAUCAACACCAUUGGCUAGGCGGAUAGAACUUUUUGGCGAAGGAAGCCGGUGUCACCGAAGAGAACCACUUACAUUCGAAUAACAAUCAACAUGGGUGCAGUUAAAAGCAGAUUGUUACAGCUGAUAGACAGAGGAGAAAUGGGAACAUAUAGGUCAAGGCACCAUCUUAUAUCUGAUGCAGCAUCACUAUCAACAUGCCAACACCCACUAGAAGUAAUCAAGUUGACUAUCACAAAAACUGAACUCACUACUGUUCCUGAUACCAUUGGCCGUUUUGUAAAUGUUACGAAACUUGAUCUUUCAAAUAAUUUGAUAGAAUUUAUACCAUGGUCAAUUGUUUGUUUGAAACAGUUAGAAGCACUGAAUCUAUCACAAAACAAGUUAAAACAACUUCCGGCUACAAUGUUUCGUUUGCAGGGCUUGUUUCCAAGGCUGAUGAUCAUCGAUUUGAGUUAUAACUUGUUUGAACGACUACCUACAGAACUACUCGUGUUUGAGACAAAAUUGAAAACACUGAAAAUACUGAACGUUGAAGGAAAUGUUGGUUUAGUUUCACCACCUUUAGAAUUGUGUCUGCAAGGAAUUGAAACUAUAUAUGCCUUACUCCGAAAACGUCAAAAUAGGACGAAUGAAUGGGCAAGAUGGAAACCAUAUUAUAAAGACAAUUUUACAUGUUUGAAACCAUUGAUUGAAAUAUGCAUUGAAACCAUUAUUGAUUCAAAGAUUGAUUAUUUGUCUGCUACCAGUGUGCCACCAAUCAUUAAAAAAUUCUUAACUUCAGCAGAAAAAUACCAAGAGAUGUUGGGACCCAAUGUAAUGAAAUGUAGUGCAUGCAAAAGAUAUUUCACCGAAGAGUCAGUUUUUGACAAUCAUGUGUGUUUUCAAGAGAAAAGAAUACAACCAAGUAGAUAAUAUUAAAAUUCAAAAUAUAGAUAUUGUAUGGAAACUCUUGUCCUGAAAGUUUAAAAUAAAGGCUGUCAAUACUUA